UAGACGCUUGUUUGAUAUUUUUUCGUUAUUGUCGUGGAUGUUUGUGGUGUUUAACUCCAGGUAUCAUGAGGACAGUGAUCCCCCUUGCAGUGACGUCAUGUUUGACGAUUCUGUUGUCUGCCCUAGCAUUUAUAUCCACACCGACAGCGUUGUAUGUCGACUUCGUCGUGCUGACCUUUCUCCGAUCUUUCGUCUAUAGCAUUCACGUACAGUACAUCAGAAUCGCAUUUCCCAUGAAAUACAUAAGCAUGGUAUACGGAAUGGCUGUUUCUAUUUCUGGGAUUUUGACCAUGAUUCAGUAUGGCCUGUUUGCUUGGACGGAGGAAUAUGUUGGGGCAAUGACACACGUGAACGUAUUCCUGUUGUGUGCGUCAUGUAUCUCCUUGUUCCAUCCCAUCCUUGUCUUCUUCAGCUACAGACGAAGUAGAUACACUUACAUUAUUAAAGGAUGAAUGCGGAGUCUAUUGAUUGAAGGAUGAGUUAAAUAAUUGAAUGACGAGUCAAAUUAUUGAAGAAGGAGAGUUAAAUGGUUGAAGGAGGAGUCAAAUGACUGAAGGAGGAGUCAAACGAUUUAAGGAGGAGUAAAAUAAUUAAAUGGUGUCAAAUGGCUGAAGGAGGAGUCAAAGGAGGAGUCAAAUGAGGAGUCAAAUGAUUGAAGGAAGGGUCAAAUGAUUUAAGGUGGAGUAACAUUAUCCAAGUAGGAGAUUAUUUUGUGCUAUUGAUGAGGCGAUGAUAGCCUAUAAUGGGAGCCUUAGCUUUAAGCAAUAUAUAUCAGCUAAACCUGUUAAAUUUGGAAGCAAGGUAUUGGAAAAUAGCAAAGUACGUAUGUCGUUGGCUAGUGGCGACAACCGGCCACAUUCGAAAUAUAAAACAACUGAAGGCGAGGCGAGUUUGUCUCAGCGGCAGGCAGCGAGGCAGACCCUUGACUCAGCGACUAUCGGCAGGUAUGCAGUGAAACCCCACUUACUCGAACUCGCAUUACUCGAAAAAACCUGUUCCCCGAAGAGUUUGCUUUGUCCCGACCAUGUUCUUAUGUAUUCUAUGUUAAUUAACCUUGGAUUACUCGAACUGACAUUGCGUUUAUACAGGUGUCAGCCGGAUGUCAGAUAACUAGAGGAUUUACGGCAGUAUCAUUAAGUAACUGUACCGUUACCUUGUUGUAGAUGCAUUAUCAUUGUGUGUACAUUAUUAUUAUUUCCCUGCGAUCUUUGGCAUCGAUGUUUCAGCGGAUUCCCGACCACCUUGAACGAUAUUCAUUCCUGAAUACGUGGAGAUAGUUCUUUUGUUAGAAAUCAACAUUAUAAAAACAGGGAUUCAAGAUCUCAUAAUUUUGAAAUGAUCGAAGUGUUCCUCUCGUUUUCAAAUUUGUCUAAUUAACGUAGCCGAAUACAGUAUGGCAUACUUUGUCUAAACGACAAGUACGUGUCACAUUACUACUGCUUCUUCAUUUUACUUCAUUCCUAAAUACCGAUGCCUAUAUGUUUUCAGUUUUGAGCAAUUUUAUAUCUUAUUAAAUGUUGUCAUCUU